AACAAACAUCCGUCUGGAUGGAAUGGACUUUGGUCGGAUAUUUACUCUCGUCAUGUCACGUGGCGCGAGAAGGUGCGAUAAAGCAGUCAUGGCAGACGAAACGAAGCAACAACAAUCUCUACAACAAUUACAAGAUAUAGUACAGCCUUAUUUUGAGGUGUUCAGGCUGUAUAUGAAUGACUUGUGUGAAGGAUUUGAACCUUGGCAGAUAAUUAUAGUAACAUUUGGUUUAACUGUGGUCCUGGUCUGGUUGAAAGAGUUUUUGUUUCAAGAUGAAAGUCUGCUGGAACGGGCUAAGAAAUUUUUCUUCAGGAACGUUAGGAGACUUCCAAUGGUCAAGGCGAGAAUAGCUGCAGAAAUUGAAAAAACAAGAAAUGAUGUUGAAGAUAAUUUCAAUAAAGGUGGAACAAUUACAUAUAUGAAGCACUUACCUAAACAGGGUUUAUCUCAGGAAAAAUUAUUCAGAUUGAUUGAAGAUUACAGGCAGCUAGCUGAUGUAAACUGGGAAAAGGGACACUGCUCUGGCACUGUGUACAGCGGAGAUCCUGUACUUACUGAUAUUGCUACUAAGGUGUAUGGUAUAUUUGCUUGGAGUAACCCACUGCACAGUGAUGUCUUUCCUGAUGUCCGCAAGAUGGAGGCGGAGGUGGUACGCAUGUGCUGUAACAUGUUCCAUGGAGGACCAGAUAGUUGUGGAAAUAUGACAUCUGGUGGCACAGAGAGUAUACUCAUGGCAUGUAAAACAUUCAGGGACAGAGCAUAUGAAAAAGGCAUUAAGUUUCCAGAGAUGCUAGUUCCAGUUACUGCACAUGCAGCUUUUGACAAAGCUGCACAUGCAUUCCGAAUAAAAAUAAAGCAUAUUCCAGUAGACUCUUUCACAAUGCAGGUGGAUGUUGAUGCAAUGAAGAAGGCUAUAUCAAGAAAUACUUGUAUGCUCGUUGGAUCUGCUCCUGGUUUUCCACAUGGAAUAAUGGAUCCUAUUGAAGAAAUUUCAAAGCUUGGAGUGAAGUAUGAUAUUCCAGUCCAUGUGGAUUCCUGUCUGGGAGGUUUUCUUGUACCAUUCAUGGACAAGGCUGGAUUUCCCUUAGCUCCAUUUGACUUUAGGCUUCCUGGGGUAACCAGUAUCUCUGCAGAUACCCAUAAGUAUGGGUAUGCACCAAAGGGAUCCUCAGUGGUUCUGUAUUCAAACAAAAAUAUAAGGCUAUACCAGUAUUUUGUGGCCCCAGACUGGCCUGGUGGUAUCUAUGCAACAGCGACUCUGGCAGGAAGCCGUGCUGGUGCAAUAGUGGCAGCUUGCUGGGCUACCAUGGUGUAUAUAGGAGAACAGGGCUACAUUAAUUCUACCAGACAAAUUAUUCAAACCAGACAAUAUAUUGAAGAUGGACUGCGCCAGAUAGAAGGCCUCUUUGUAUAUGGAAAGCCAUCCGUCAGUGUGAUUGGUUUUGGAUCUCUGGACUUCAAUAUCUACAGACUUUCUGAUAUGCUUACUUCUAAGGGCUGGAACCUGAAUGCUUUGCAAUUCCCAUCUAGUGUUCAUCUCUGUGUAACCCUCCUGCACACCAAGCCUGGUGUUGCUGAUCACUUUCUACAGGAAGUACGCCAGUGCACUGCUGCCAUCCUGAAGGAUCCCAAUGCCAAGUGUGGGGGAAUGGGAGCUAUCUAUGGCAUGGCCCAAAGUAUCCCAGACCGUUCCCUGGUGUCUGAGAUGGUCCACUGUUUCCUAGAUGGCACCACCAGCACAGGCCCAAGUACCUCCAACAUGACUAAUGGGUCAACACAUUGAGGACAGUAAAACACUGAUCAAACUAGAUUCUCCAUAUUUUUAAUGCACUUGCUCACUUUAGCAUGAUUUUGUAGGCAAAUUAUCAUGAGAAUAUCAGAUUAUUAAUAAUAUAUUGUCAGUAGACAUAAAAAUUCAGAAUUUGCAUUUUUCAAGCCAUAUGUAUUUGGCAUAUUUAUCAUGAGAAAUGUGUGUUAUAGCAUAAUUCAAUUAUGAAAGGUUUUAAAGUCUGUUAUACAUUUCUGCGUAGCAUAUGUCCCAUUGAAAUGAGAUGCAAAGAAAGGCUUUGGUUUCAUGGAAUGUGUAAUAUAGAAUGCAUUCCGAACAAAUGAUCCAUAGACUUACUGAUCCGCAAACUAAAUAUGGCCGACCUCGCCAUCUCGCCAUUAAACGGACUAAAUAUCGGCUCCGAAGUUUAAUUGCAAGGCCCCUGCAGGGACCAUGCGUGUGGAAGUGGGUAGACCUUCAGGGGCUUGAAUGGCUUUCUUUUAUUUGGGUCGGCCUUAAUUGAUCAACAGAUCAGUUUGGCCUCGGAUCUGCUUUCUUUUAAUGCGUUCAUAGUAUGCACAGAACAAAUUUUGGAUCAUCUUUAUCACAAGGUAUCAGGUACGUACAAGUAAUUAUUAGAAAUUGUACAAAAGGCUAUAUUUGUUAUAUCUAUCAGAUUUGUGUUUUCCUCUUGAAGUGUUUAGUCAAACUUAUUCACAAGAAGGUGGUUGUCUAGCACAUAGAUAUGUUGACUAUGCCCAGUUUACACCAGGCUGCAACCUUCUCACAAUUACAAAAUUUUUGGUAUGUGGCACAAGUCUCAGCAGUUUUCUGCCUUGGUUGCCCAUUCCUGUAUUAGACAAAACCUCAAGCUCUCUGUAAUGCUUACAUGUGAAACAUUCCUCAAAAGUACUGUGACCAGGCACUGCCACACGCUGAGUGGAUUGGGAGUGUAUUACAACCUGUGGUUCCCACUGGAGAGUGAGCUGAGACUUGCAAGAAUUAGUCACGCCAUGAUUAUAAUGUCUUGUGAUGGUCAGUAAUUGCAAUACUUGUAGGUGUUUUAAACAGUUCCAUUUCCAAGGUCACUAAUGAAAAGUUGUGCAAAUCAAGGGAGAGGUCUUGGGAGACUAUUGAACUCAAUUGGAUACCCUAGGCCAGUCCUUUGUGACAGAUGAUAAGGUUGGACAAAGAAUAAAUCUCCAAAUGGUUGCAAGCCCAAGGUAAACGGGUUGUAAAGGUGAAAGAGUAAUUACUGAAUAUAUUUGUUAUAGUAUAUUGUGUGUUAUUUUUCAGGGUAGUGAACAGUUUUCCAAUACUGAAAUUUCUGUUGUUAUAUUCUGUUGUUUACUAAAUCGCUUGAUACCUCUCAACAUGAUGUUAUUUUAAUGUAAUGUUUCAUAUUAAUAUAUACUAUAAUAUGUUUGCAUUAUAAGUGAACAAUUAUUCCUUGCUGAAGAUUUUGAAUUUUCACUCGUAUCACUCUGCUGUCAUGCUGAAGACGCAUUCAGAAAGUGUUAAAUUAUCAUAUUAAUUGCCUUGAAAGAGGAGUUUCUCAGUUGAUGUAAUAAUGUUAGGGGAAAAUUUCUUCCUUCACUAUACGUAACAUUUUGUUUUGCCAUCCCGGUGAAUUCCACAAGUGUAAGAUGUAACAAUGGUCUAUGGAGCUGCCAUUACAGUACAUUUCAUAGGUAAUUGUACAUGUAAAUGAAUUAAUUCAACAAAGUUCAGUUAUGAUUAAGUGCCUUUCAUUUAACUUAAUCUUGCAUUUGUUCAAUUUUAUCUGCACAUAGUAAUCUCACCAAAAGAAAAUACAGUGCAUUAUGGGUACUUUAAGUCGAAUUUUAGUUAAGUGAUGAUUUUAUGAAUUUGAACUAUUAA